GAUUAACUUCCUUGAAAUGCCACUUUGAGAUUUGUACUCGAAGUGACUGGUACUUUUGCUGUUACAGCUGACAUCAUGACGAUCGACUUUUACCAAAUUCCGGAAAGCCCACCUUGCCGAACGGUGAUUUUCACAGCACAGCACCUGCGGAUAAAACUGAACGACAAACACCUGGAUCUAUUUACUGGAGAACAUUUAAAACCGGAAUUCUUAAAAAUAAACCCUCAACAUACAGUUCCAGUUAUAAAUGACGAUGGAUUCUAUUUAACGGAAAGCCGUGCUAUUGCAACUUAUCUUGUGAAUAAAUAUGCCCCAAACAACCCUAUUUAUCCUGAAGACCCAAAGAAAAGAGCAGUUAUCGACAGGAUGCUUUAUUUAGACACUAGUUUGUUUGCAGUUCUAAGAGACAUGAUGAUGCCACUGUGGCAAAAGGGAACACUCCCAAGUCAGGAACUCCUUGAAGCCCUCAAGAAACAAUUGACCUUCUUUGAGGAAUUUUUGGGCAAAACGUCUUAUGCUGCUGCAGAUCAUAUCACUCUUGCUGAUUUCUCCUUCGCCGCGAAUAUUGAACACCUCAAGAUACUUAACAUCGAUUUGAGUGGAUAUCCAAGAAUAACAGCAUGGAUGCAGAAACUGAAGAAAGAGAUUCCAAAUUUCCAUGAAAUAAAUGAAGUACCAGUCCAGAAAUGCAAAGAAUAUUUUAAAAAUAAGAAACUAAUUUCAUAAAUACUUACUGGAGUAGAACUGUUAUUUUUUAAGUACAAUGUGCUGUAAAGCAUUAUUUCAUUAAAAGAUCAAACUUUUAUAUUAUCAUGAGCCUGCAAAAAUUUUGAAGUACUUUUGUUUAAAUUGAAACUGUCUCAAAUUCUGAAUAAAAGCGUGUAAAUAAUUCUGAAUUGGUGUAAUUCUAAGCUUUCAGGACGCAUGAAAAAAAAAUAUGAAGAAUAAAAGUUUCUUUUAAUAUUUAAAAGUU